AUGGCCUCUCUUAUCAACAACGCUAACGGUGCCGUCAACGGUGUUGUUGGGAACGUCGAGAAGCUCAUUAUCGAUACCGACCCUGGGAUCGAUGAUAGCAUGGCCAUUUUGAUGGCUUUUCAAAGUCCUGAGGUGGAGGUUCUGGGUUUGACAACUGUCUUUGGUAAUACAACUACCGAACUUUCCACACUCAACGCUUUACUAUUGUGUGAGAUCGCAGGCCGUGAAAAUCUUCCAGUUGCAGAGGGCAGCUCUGAACCAUUGAAGGGUGGAACGCCUCGUGUUGCUGAUUUUGUUCAUGGUGAAGAUGGACUAGGGAACACAUUCCUACCCCCACCCAAAGGUAAGAAAAUUGAGCUGAGUGCUUGUGAGUUUCUGGUGGAGAAGGUUUCUGAAUAUCCUGGUGAAGUAUCUGUGCUAGCACUUGGACCACUAACAAAUGUGGCUUUGGCAAUCAAAAGAGAUUCUUCGUUUGCAAGCAAAGUGAAGAGAAUAGUUAUACUUGGUGGUUCAUUCUUUGCCUUGGGGAAUGUGAACCCUGCUGCAGAAGCAAAUAUCUAUGGAGACCCAGAAGCUGCAGAUAUUGUGUUUACCUGUGGAGCAAAUAUUGUCGUUGUUGGAAUAAACAUUACAACCCAAGUCCAAUUUACAGAUGCUGAUCUUCUUCAACUGAAGGAAUCUAAGGGAAAGUAUGCUCCUUUCUUGAGUGACAUAUGCAAAUUCUAUAGGGACUGGCAUGUAAAAUCUGACUGUGUCCAUGGCAUUUUCCUCCACGAUCCCGUAAGUUUUGUGGCACUUGUGCGUCCAGAUCUUUUUACGUUCAAGGAGGGGGUAGUGAGGGUAGAGACACAAGGCAUCUGUGUUGGGCAUACGCUUUUGGACCAAGGAUUGAAAAAUUGGCCUUCGAGCAACCCAUGGACGGGUUAUUCUCCUGUUUCAGUUGCUUGGACUGUGAAUGUCGAGGGAAUUCUUGAUUAUAUCAGGGAGCUGGUGAUGAAACCCUGA